AAAUCUCAAAUUAUAUACCAUCUUAAUAUAUUACCUUGAGAAAUGCAGUAUCGUCUAAGUAAUUAACAAAUGACAAGUAUUAAUGUCAAGGUUAAUUAUGUUUCAUUCUUUUAAACGUUUUCUCUAAAUAUCAAGUUAGAGAGGUCGAUUUUCAGUGAGUGUAAAGAUAGAUGGCGGGGCCAUUUACUUAUUUUAUUGUUGACAACAAAACUCGGAAAAUCUUAGCUCUUUGUACAGUGGCAGCUGUUGUUGCAUUUGUGUUAGGAAUCGUUAUAGGAUAUGUAUCUGGUCACCGGCAAGCAUUGGAUGGUAACCGCAGUUCGAAGACCACAAAAGCGGAAGUAAUCGGACCGCUAUGCCGAGAGUCGUUUUCCUACUCCAACAUUACCCGACUGUAUAUUAAGCGAUAUGAGGAAACAAAUAGCGGAAAGUUUACAUGUCUAAAACGCGAGUCGGAUUGUUGGAACUACGAACUACCAAGGCAUUAUAUUGCGUAUCAUUUGAACGAAAAAACAAUCUUGCUAGAUGGAAAACUUGACGAAGAAGCAUGGAAAGAGGUUCCAUGGAGUGAAACAUUUCUUGACCUGCGCAGUAAGGUAUAUCCAAAACCUCAUUACGUCACAAAGUUCAAAAUCAGAUGGGACGAUGUCAAUCUUUAUAUUGGAGUAUACCUCCAAGAAAAUGAUAUCUGGGCGAAAUUUUCAGCCCAUGACUCAAAAAUAUGGACAGAAAAUGGAUUUGAUCUUUUACUUGAUGUAGAUGGCACAUUGUUUAAUUAUGAACAAGUGGAGCUCAAUGCUCGAGGCGUUGCUAUGGAUCUGCUUAUGUACAAAUCAUACUGGGAUGCCGCCGGUAAAAAGGUGCAUGAUAUGAAAUGGGAUUCUGGUGUAGAGAGGGCCAUUUAUACGGAAGGAACGGUCAAUGAUCCUACUGACAGAGAUAAGUAUUGGUCGCUAGAGAUAAUGCUUCCUUUCACAAAACUGGCUGAAAAUUCCCGCCGCGAACAGCCGUACCCAUUUAAUAACGAGGUGUGGUUCUCGCAGUUUGCCAGGCCACAACAAUAUUUAAGAGUCGAUAAAAAUGGAGAAUAUGAAAAGGACCCAAAUGCAACGUCACUAUGGUGGGUCUGGCAACCAUGCUAUACCCUUCACGGUCAUUUACAAGACCGAUGGGGCCACGUUCAGUUUAAAAGGACGUUCACAGAUAGGAAAUUUACGUUUGAAAGAUGGCAUAUUUAUAAAGCCUUGUUUGAUUCACUCAAUGCCAUGAAACAAUACAGAGCUCUGAACGGUUUUUAUACAGACGACAUAAGAGAACUUGAUAUCCCGCCAUAUCUCAUGACGCGAACUUGCGUAGAAAUACCAAAACUAGAUGUUUCAAAUAGCAAAGAUAAUGCAAACUUUAAUAUAACUGUUCUCUCAUUGCUUUUAUCAAAUACGACGGCAUUUAUCCGGUCUGACAGAUACGUAACGUUCUUGUAAAACUUUUAAAGGCACAUUCAUUUACAGCAAGAUCAAAAUUAUUUUCUGUGAAAUACUGUAAAAUCGGUCAUAAAUUAUUACUUUUAUCUUGACUUUUUUUUUUCUUAAAAUUGGAGUACAUAUUUCUCAAAUUUGUUAUUCUGGAAAUAUUUUGCCUCAUCUGGUGGAAUGCAGCUUUAAUUAUUUCAGCAAACUUUACCACAUACAUGUUUAGUAAAAAUUAAACGUGCAUCGUUCAUUAUAUAAAAAAAUUAUGACAGUGAAUUGAACUUAUUGUUUACUGCGCAAUAAUACAUUUAAUUCGGUAAUUUUUUGCAAUAUUUCAUUUAUAUUGUAGACGAAAGCAGUUUGUCGCCAACAACAAAAACAACAACAAAAACGGCACAUAACGGUAUCGUCUGCUAACUCUGUAAAGGUGACUUUUACUUACCUUUUAUCACCUAAACAGAGUCAUUCCAGCCUGAACGCGCGCGUUAUUUGGCAAGACAGAUUUUGUAAUUUGAAAUUAAAUUAUUCCCCUUCAGUUCACAAUUGACAGUACAAAAUUCAAAAGGGGGAAGCUAGUCCAGUGAAGUAUAACCAUGACUGUUACGAAACAGUUAUUAUUUAAUAUAUUAAACAGAAUACAGAUGAUACGUAUAUUCAUUCAAGCGAAUCAUAGCCUCAGGCUAUCAUAAUGUAAACUCACAGCCGGUUAAAUUGCAUUUUUUUGUGAAUGGUAUAAAUUAUGCAUGCAUGCGAAACAAUACAGCGUAACUAAACAUUAUUAUGGUGUAUCCUUAAUGAAUAACUUGUCGUCGAAUAACCUGAUGUAAAUUUAUAAAAACAAUCGUAACCUUAAUAGGUUACGAUUGCAUCCGUAAAAUUUGUUUGCGUAACUAGAUUUAAUGUGAACGUCUUCACACUGUGUGUUUUUUUUCAAACAUUCAAAAUGGCAGGUUAUUUUAUUGUGGAUGUUAAAACUAGAAAAAUAAUAGCGAUAUGUUCAGUAGUAACUCUAGUUUUGUUCGCAAUUGGGAUAAUAAUUGGCUAUUUUUCCGGUCGCGGGACUAGUUCAAGCACGGUUACAACCUCUUCGGGGACCGUUGCGGAAGCCAUAAAGUCCGAAUGUAGCGAGGCGACAAUUAAAUCUGCGGUGGGGAAGUUGUUUCUUGAUCGGUACGUUGAGAAGCAUAGUGAGAAGAAUAUUUGUUUGAAGUCGGCGUCGGAAUGCUGGGAUUUUGGGUUGCCUAGGAACUAUAUAGCGUAUCAUCUCAAUGGGAAAUCUAUAACUAUAGACGGCAAACUUGAUGACGAAGCUUGGAAUGAGGUAAGAGACGUAUAUUUGUACACGUUGUUUAGAUUGCAUUAUGUGUAGCUACUGCUUUGUAAGUAUCCAUUUCUUAUUAAAAAAAGAAAGAAAAAAAACAAUUAAAAACAAAAAACAAAAAAUAAAACAAAACAAACAAGCAAAUAAUAAGUGGAAUUUCUUCACAGGUGAUCUCUUCUUACCAGGUUAUCUCUCAAAGCAUAUUAAUACAAACACCUCAAUGAAGUCCCUUUAACUCGCGGCAAAAAGGAUACCGAGCUGGUUUAUACAACAGUUUUUUUUGUUGUAUGUGGUCGUCAUUUAAUAACACCGUACUGUAUUGUUCAAACGUUGUCGUAACAACUAAGAAUUUGUAGAACGUUUAUUAAAUACAAACAAGGUCAGUUUGUCGUUUCUCCUUAUUUAAAUGUUUCUACUCAAAAAACCCCAAACAACAUAGGUAAUUAAAAAGACAUUUCAACUUGCAUUUGAACAUAUACUAAAGCAUAUCAGAACAUUUUUUGAAGAAAUCAAAUCGUUUAUUUGGGAUAUGUUUUUCCUAUUAUUUGGGAUAUGUUUAAUAGUUUCGCUCGUGUCUCAUGUUUCAUAAUUUCAGACCUCAAGGUUGUGAAACCUUUUUCUGAGUUCAGUCUCAAAUAUCAACAUUUUCAUUGGUCAGUAUGCAUUCUAAGCUUGUUUCUGACCAAUCAAAUAAUGGAGAUCUCAGUUUGAGCUCAGAAAAUUUCUUUAUAACCUUUUCCAAUGUUGUUUCA